AUGGUCCACAACCGUAUCAUCAUGGGACGCUGUUAUCUUUGUGACCAGGCAACAUGUACAACAGUUUGCUCUAGUCAUUGCAGUUCACAGAGUCACAGGGUGCAGGCUGCAGGCCAGUACAUGACGACGGGGCCUUGGCGCCGUGGCGGCCGCGCCACGACCACGACGAGCCUCGCGCUCCUCCUGCUGCUCGCGAGCGUCGCCGUCUGCUCCAUCCCGGCGGUGCUCGCCCAGGCCACGACAUCCACCAGCACCGUCGCCGGCAGGGACUUCACCACCUUCUCCUUCCCCGGGUUCUACGACAAGACCCCCGCCGACCUGACGCUCUCGACCAACGCCAGCGUCAACCAGAAAGCGCUGCAGAUCACCCCCGACACGGGCAACAGCGCCACGAGCUUCCUAGUCAACCAUAGUAGCUCCGGCAACUACAUGGUCUGGAUCGACUACAACGGCACCACGCGGCAUGUGUGGGUGUACAUGUCCGCGGACAAUACCAAGCCGGACACCGCUGUGCUCAACGCGUCGCUGGACCUCUCCAAGUACCUCCUCAACAACAAGGGCUAUUUCGGCUUCUCGGCGUCCACCGGCGUGGACUACCAGCUCAACUGCGUGCUCAUGUGGAACAUGACGGUGGAAGUGCUCCACGGCGAAAGCGUCCCCAAGAAGCUGUCCGGCUGGAAGCUCGGGCUGGCCAUCGGCGUGCCGUGCGCCGCCGCGCUGGCGCUCGGGCUGCUCGCGGGCCUCUACUUGAUGAAGAAGAAGCGGAAGAAGCAGAUAGUUCACAAAAUAUCUGAUUUAAUAUUCCACCAAGCACUUCACUGCAAACGCCAAUCCUAA